AUGGGAAAUGUCAGUUCCCGCAUCGAUGAAGGGUCCCUGGUCUACAUCAGGGACCAGUCUAGACUCACACUCUCCUCCCUGACCAUCUCCAACGGACGUAGGAAAGCCAUAAUACAGAUAGGACCCAAUGCAUUUCCUGCGACGAGAUUCAACGCCAGGAGAGACUCAACAGAUGACACUCCUGUCCCGUUCAUACAGGACCCCGAGUCGUCGACUUUCCAAUUUCUACCCCGCGUCGAUUUGGAAGACGAUCUUGAUUUCCGUUUCACGUUCGUUGCACGCCAGACAUCGACGCCGACGGCGGGCCAAGCGCCUGGGGUCAUCGCAGGCCCAACCGACACGAACAUCGCCGGUCUCACCUUUGCCUACGCACCGAACGCAAGAGAGUUGGACACAUUAGUCACCAGAGAAUUCCAUGCCGAUCCCAACCUGCACAAGAACUCGAACGUUCAAUUCAUCGGCGACUUUAGCACAAAUGGCUCGCCGUCGAUCGAGUUCGAAUGGACCUGGCGGUGGAAGCCGCCCAAGCCCAACACCGACAAAGGCGGAGGCUGGAGACAUAGCUGCAGUUUCCUGGAAUACGAUUCCAGGGCGCAUCGUCUCAACACCCUCGCAUCUUUCGCCUUCUGGGUGCAUAAACCGGCAGCAUCCGUUGUACCGACUCCACUAGCCUCACCAGCCAUUGACCUGGUGGUCCCUGUCCAUCGAGGAGGCCAACGAUUGGCCUCUUCGCAAUCAUACCAGUCCACUGCUAGCGACACUGAGGACUUCAUACCUCCACCAUCACCACACGCACUGUCUACGGAGUUCUCUCCAACAAGCCAGCCAACUCCCAUGCCUGUGCCAAUAAUCGAUGUGCUAUGUCAACGGCCAGGCGAGGACAUGAGUAACGUCGAGGACGGUCCGGUCUUUCGUGCUACCAUGAAGUCGCUGGAGCAGAAGACAGGCAACAUGCGAGUGCAGAUCAAAAAGGUGCUCAAAGGUGCAGAAGCUGCCCAUCAGGCUCAAGUCGAAUGCAACGCAAGGAUGAAAGCCUUUCUCGGCGCUCUCCAGGACGCUUCAGGGUCCAAUGCGAGUGCCUUCAAGCCCGCCCUAGACCAUUACUUCACCAAGAUUGCUCAGCAGCUACUCGACUACGAAGUGCAAAAUGCAACGCUACUGCAACGACAGAUCAUCGAACCCGUCUCGAGGCUCUACAACAACGACAUCAAAGCUGCGGAUCAGAAAAAGAAGGAUUUUGACGAGGAGAGCAAAGAUUACUACGCCUACUUGAGUCGCUAUCUAGGCCAAAAGACCGACUCGUUAAAGGAGAAGAAGCGAGUGGAAUCUGAUUCUAAGUACCAGUCCAAGAAGAAGAACUUCGAACUCAAGCGCUUCGACUACUCGUCAUUCAUGCAAGACCUUCAUGGAGGUCGAAAAGACCAGGAGCUAUUAUCGCAGCUGACCAAGUACGCCGACAGUCAGACCAAGUCAUUCUUGAAGACCUCAGCCAAGGUCCAAACCCUCACCCCGCAGCUAGACGCUUUAGUCAAAGAAGUCUCUGCUACAGACAAGGACUACAAGUUGCAGCGCACCGAGCGCGAAGAGAAAAGGCGAAACCUCGAGAAGAAUUCGACGACAUCUCCGGACACUGAUACGAUGCAACAAGUUGUAUCGCACCCCUCUUCUGCCCCAUCACAGAAUGGUCAAGCAGGCUACACAUCGGACACAGAUCUAAGUCGAGCCGACAGCACCAGCUCGCAAUUUGCCGCCAGAACCGCCAAGACACUGUCCCCAAGCAAUUCUAUGCAUGCCGGCAACAAUGCACUGUCAACGUCGCCAGGACCGACGACUGCCGCGGCGACGACUAACAAAUUCAAGGGCAUCCGAGAUCUCGAAGAGCGAGACAUGUCAAACGCGUCCACUCUUGUAUCUAGCGGCGGGCAGAAGAAGGAGGGCCUACUGUGGGCUCUCUCAAAACCAGGUUCACAUAUCGACCCAAAAGGCAUAAACAAACAAGCUUGGCACAAGUUUUGGAUAGUGCUUGAUCAGGGCAAGCUUAGCGAGUACAGCAACUGGAAGGACCGGCUUGACCUACACCGUGAGCCUAUAGAUCUUCGUAUGGCUAGCGUACGGAUGGCGCGUGACGCUGAGCGGCGCUUCUGCUUUGAGGUCAUUACGCCUCACUUCAAGCGCGUAUACCAGGCCACAAGCGAAGAAGACAUGACAAAUUGGAUCAAUUCAAUCAACAAUGCGCUCCAGAGUGCUGUUGAGGGUAGAAGUGCAAACUCACUAUCACAACACAGCACGUCCGAGACGCCCACACGCGAGUACGGAUCUCUCCUAAUUGGCAAACAUGGAUCAAUCAGUCAUGGUCACAACCACCACGGUCACGCUCAACAUUCGCAAAGGCCUGAGACGUCUGGUGUUAGUCGGCGUGUUACUGUCGGUGCACGACCCUCGUACAUCAGGACAACCAGCAGCAGCUUCGAGGACAACCCUUCCAAGUUGCUGGAACAAAUUCGCAAGAACGACCAGGGCAACGCAUUCUGCGCGGACUGCGGAUCGUCCAGCAAAGUCGAGUGGGUGUCUCUCAACUUGGCCAUCUUGCUGUGUAUCGAAUGUGGUGGCAUACAUCGUUCUCUGGGUACUCACGUCUCAAAGAUUCGGUCCUUGACCCUAGACAUCUACUCCUUUACUAAUGACAUUGUCGAGCUCCUGCUACUGGUUGGCAAUAGGAUCAGCAACAUGGUCUGGGAGGCAAGACUCGACCCGGCCAUGAAGCCAGACGCUGGAAGCUCGCGAGAACAGCGUCUGAAGUUCAUCACUCAGAAAUAUGUUGACCGAGAAUUUGUGGAGCCGCUGCAGAGCCAGUACUCUACAGUGGACGACACUUUACUGACUUCCAUCAAGAAGAAUGAGGUGCAAGGCGUAUUGCAGGCCAUCGCACAAAGGGCAAAUGUCAACUCACACGAUCGGUCUCGGAACACACACUCGGUGUUGCUGGCAUUGGCAGCGGCAGAUCCCGCAUAUCCUCUCGGAACGCCGCAAAAUCCAAUUGGCUCACCGAAGACGCCGCCCGCAACGGCAGCAGCAAAGGCGUUUCCUAUAGCAGAACUGUUGGUGCAGAAUGGUGCCGAGAUACCAUCAGAGGCACCACCAAUCCCACUCAGUGCUGCCGCCCAGCUCUAUAUCGAGCAAAGGACCGCCAAAGCAAGCAGCAAGGUCCCUGGCAACGAUACGCUAGGUCCUCUGCCCAAUGUGAGUGGCCGUGGCAUCGUGCCUGUUGAUGGCGCAACGUCCAAGUUACAGAAGCGUGGUAGUGCGGGCUCGAGAUUCGCUGGCAAGGUCGUUGGGCUAGGAGAAAGAUAG